AUGCGUUUCUCUGCUGCUCUUGUCGCCUCUGUCGCGGCCACUCUGGUGGCUGCCCACCCUGGAGCUGAUAUCCAGCAGGAGCUCCACGAGCGCCGCGAGUUCAUCUCCAACUCCAAGCGCACCAACCUGGACCACUGCUCUGCCAAGCACAAGGCUCGCGGCCUCGAGCAGCGUGGCAUUGAGCGCCGCAAGAACUUGGCCGCCAUGAACGCCAAGCGUGGCAUCCUCGCACGUGACCCCAGUGACAUCAACAAGACUCACUUGUCUGAUGCCGACUUUGACGAGACUACUCCUCUCGAGACCGUCUUUGCCCAGGAUGCUUCGUGUGUGCUCUCUCCCGAGGAGACCGAGGGUCCUUACUACGUCUCUGGUGAAUACGUCCGCACCGACGUUCGCGAGACCCAGGAGGGUAUUCCUCUGUACCUUGAUGUCGCCAUUUACGACGUCGAGACCUGCGAGCCCAUCCCUGAGCGCUGGUUCGAGCUCUGGCACUGCAACUCGACUGGUGUCUACGCCGGUGUCGGCUCUGGUGGCAACUUCACCGAGGCCCCCGAGAACCUGAACAACACCUUCCUCCGCGGCUUCCAGCUCACGGACGAGGACGGUGCCGUCCAGUUCCUGACCACCUACCCCGGUCACUACUCCGGCCGUGCCAUCCACAUCCACGUGGCCGUCCACCCCAACGCCACUGCCCGCGAGAACGGCACCAUCUACGACCUGACUGCCAACCACGUCGGCCAGCUGUACUUUGACCAGGACCUCACCGACGCUGUCGAGGCCUACUCUCCUUACAACACCAACACCCAGCCCGUCACCACCAACGCCGAGGACUUCCUCCUGCUCGACGGCCUUGCCACCAGCGACCCUAUUGUCCAGUACGUUCUCCUCGGUGAUGACAUCUCCGACGGUCUCUUGGCCUGGAUCAGCUUUGGUGUCAACACCACCUACACCCGCACCAUCUCGGACGCCGCCACCUACUACGAGGGCGGCGGUGUCUCCAACGGCGGAGGUGCUGGAGGUCCCGGCGGUCCCGGUGGCCCGCCCCCAUCUGGCUUCCCUUCCGGCCCCGGCGGACCGAUCCCGACUGCUCCCCCGCGUCUGUAA